AUGGAAGUUUGGCACGUUCCUCCGCGCGUUCUUAGCGACACCUUCCUUAUUGCUGUCGUUGCUGUCGUUGUUGUCGUUGCUGUCGUCUGUGUUUUUUUCAUUCUCUUUCUCUACAACCUGUUCAAGAAGUUCCUCGUCUUUGGAGCCGACACUCCCGAGAACGUCGAUCGUCUCCAGAACAUGCAAGUCAACGUCUUCGCUCCUACCGCCAGACUCUUCUUCGGUUUCAACAUACACAACAACCAACACGCCCCGAGAAUGGAUCAGCAGCCGAUGAGGCCGCUGUUGCCCGAGUCCCCAUAA